AUGAGUACUGCCUUGAACCCAUCUAAUUCUCCUGCCGAUCGUCGCCAGUCCCCCGAUGACAGGAUACAGAGCCCUCCCGCUUUCCUGGAUCUUGCGGACUCGGCGAGUUUCUCCUCGUCUCUGCGGCCUUACGUCUCGACGCUAACCGUUCUCGCUUCUCGCAGGCCGCGCGUUACGGCAGUAAUUUACCGGAUAUUUCGGCUGUGGCGUACCCUCAAGCGUAUAGAACACGAACGGCAACGUGCCAUGCAGCGCAAAGUGUUCGAGGAACAGAUGCGUGUCCUUGAACAACAGCAGGCCAGGGAACUUUUGACCAUUCCCGUGGAAUCUGCGGCUGCGCUUCAGCAUCUCGCCGUUUCUGCGCCCACCACUCCGCCGCGGGUUAAUGCCAUCCUCAAUGACGAGGCUUCCUCAGGUCUUGCUUCGGCACUGUCGUACUCAUCCGUGGACGUAGAGAUCCUCUCCAAAGCAGUUGGAUCGGCCGUCUCUGACAAGCGCAAGUCGGUCACCUACGCGCCUUCCGUGAACCACUCGCCGGAAAUGCCAACAGGCAAUCACCAAGGCUUUGCUCGCCCUGGAGGAGCCAAGAGCAUGCCCGCUAGUCGGCGCACAUCGGCCAGUGAGCACGAUGAGGAACUUGCUGGUCAUUUGCAAGGUCUAUCGCUGGCGGGAGAACGCGCAGAGCGUGAACGUUUGACCCCUUCCGGCGCUAUCCCUCACUCGAUUCUCCGAUCGGGCAGUGAACGUCUCUUGUCAGGAAAUGGGCAACAUUAUGGCAACAUGUACAAUGCUGGGAUGAUGUUGGACGAGCAAUUAGAUCAGGAAAUGAAUGCUGCUAUGCGUCACCUCCCGACUGCUGAUGAGGAAAAGUACUCGAACACGUAUUCCAACAAGCUUUCCACCGCAUCCGCUGCUCUGGACCUGGCACCGUUGUCACAGACACCGCCCCGCACAUCCUUUGUGGGUCGUGCAGCGGACUCUCGGGAGAAGCCGUCUGAAUGGCCUCAGUUCAAUGGCAAUGGUCGGGUAAUCGAAGGCUAUGGACGUGCCGAGCGCCGCAAUGUUACUAAUCCGACAGUGAGCCUCUCGAGUGCUGUAGGGGACCUAUCGCCUGGGGGUAAGUUGUCGGGUACCGUUUCUGGUACCACAACCCCGCUGUUGCAGCAAAUACCUCAAGGGCUCUCCCAAGGUCUUUCGUCGCGUCGGGGAUCGCCGCUGGCGUUGUCCGACGGCCUCUCCAUUACUACAGCGCGUUCGGUCCCCGCAACGCCUCUUCCAGGCAUGCCGAACUCUGGUAACCAUCUCGGGAAGGCACCGGGUACCCCGCUCUCGGGUGAUGCGCCUGGGGGUCUGAACGGAAUCUUGACCGCUCAUGGUUCACCUCAAGGCGAGCUCAACUCUUCGCUAUCGAGGAUGUCCUCUUCGCGUGGUUAUGAAGGCGACCCGAUGGCAUUUAGCCAGGUCCAGGCCGGAAUGGAUGGUUCCCUUCAGCAAUAUGGCGUAGAUGCGGUUUAUGUGAACGGCACUGGUCUGGAUAACGGACGAUACAACUCGUACGGUUUCGAGGCCAAGGGUCGGCCCCAAGGUGGCACUGGCUCCACUGCAUUGUACCAUCACCAUGGGUCGAGAUAUGGCCUGGGUAUGAACGGUAGAGCCCAUGGUGCGGAUAGCAAGAUGGGCGGUUUGCACGGACCCAAACACAAGCGGGGCGAUGUUGACCGGGAAUUUAACAGGUUCGCCGGUACACGCCUCGAGGAUUUGCAAGGCGAGAUUCCGUCGCUCUGCAAGGACCAGCACGGAUGUCGCUAUCUCCAAAAGAAGUUGGAAGAGGGUGUUCCAGAACACCGUGAUAUGAUCUUCCGUGAGACCUUCAGCCACUUUGCGGAUCUCAUGACUGAUCCGUUCGGAAACUACCUCUGCCAAAAACUGUUGGAGUAUUCAACGGAUGACCAGCGCAAUGUGAUUUGCGAGUCGGUCGCGCAAGACCUGGUGAACAUUUCCCUCAACAUGCAUGGUACUCGGGCAGUGCAGAAGAUGAUUGACUUCCUUUCAACACGCAGACAGGCAAGUCUAGUCCCGGCUAGAUUUCACUAUAUUGCUUACAGGGACGGGCAGACUGACCUCAAAUACAAUGCUCAGAUCCACUCUAUCAUUCUUGCUUUGAGCCUUCACGUUGUAGUGCUUAUCAAGGACUUGAAUGGCAACCAUGUCAUUCAGAAGUGUCUCAAUAAGCUUGCCCCGGAAGACAAUCAGUUCAUCUACAAUGCGGUCGCCGCCAACUGCGUGGAAGUCGCAACACAUCGCCACGGUUGUUGUGUAUUGCAGCGAUGCGUUGAUCACGCAUCAGAUAUCCAGCGCGUGCAGCUAGUGAACGAGAUCACGUAUAACGCGCUUACUCUGGUUCAGGACCCAUACGGCAAUUAUGUCGUGCAAUACAUUCUUGACCUGAACGAUAACCGUUUCAGCGAUGCGGUCAUUAGGCAAUUCACCGGAAAUGUCUGCGCGUUGUCGGUACAGAAAUUCAGUUCUAAUGUUAUCGAGAAGUGUGUUCGUGUGGCAGAGCACAGCACCCGUAAGAUGCUCAUUGGGGAACUCCUAAACCGCACGAGGUUGGAAAAACUGUUGCGCGAUUCUUACGGCAACUACUGUGUGCAGACUGCGCUGGAUUACGCGGAACCGAGCCAGCGGGCCCUGCUCGUGGAAGGCAUCAGACCCGUCCUUCCUCUCAUCCGAAAUACCCCGUACGGCAAGCGCAUUCAGAACAAAUUGCAACGAGAACACCUGGACGGGUUUGGCGGGGGAGGCGGAUACCAGCACCUCGGCAACCAAAACAUGGGAAUGGGGCCUGGCCAUGGCGGCCGUCACAUGCCGCAUCAGGCGCUUCACUCGCCUGGCGGGAUGGCUGACGCAUACAGCGCACCCAACGGGCUGUAUGGCGGCCACGGCAUGCAGGCACAGGGUCAACUCCACGCCGCUCAAUUGCACGGCAUGCAACCGCAUGGCAUUGACAGCUAUGUGAUGCAAGGCUCGACAAACCACAGUCCGGGCCUCACACCGCCUCCGCACGCCCACGCCAACUCGUUCUCGCAGUACGGCGGGAUGAACUCCUUCCCCGUAGGCGUCGCCGAUCCGUACCAGCGCUCGUACGCGUACGGCAUGUAA